CCCGCUACGACUGAGCUGAGUGGAACUAGGGAACGCUGUGGCAAAUCCGUUAGCUAAUCAAUUAGAACCACAAGUCAUUUUUGGUAAAGAGAUACAUCGAGGUCUUUCGAAAGAAGUUACAGUGGCAUUUUUCUUGGCGCCAAACCCAUUUCGAAAACAAGAAAUUUUCGGACGAAAAUGAACCAAAGUUCCAACUACACCAUGAUAUACGUUUUCGCCCCUGUUAGCCUUAACGCUAAAGUUGUACUUGCUUUGGGGAACAUCCUCUGUAGUUUGUACGGAUUGGUAGCGAACUCUCUCAUUCUGUUCUUCAUAUGUACGCGACAAGUUCCAGCAGUUCAAGGAAUUUUGACGAGUCGUCAGUCUAUAGUCAACCGCUUCAUCCAAAGCCUGGCGCUCUCGGAUGUUCUAUGUUCACUGUUAAGUAUUCCGUUAUUCACAACGGAAAUGUUYGAGGAUUAUAUACAGACMGACUUAGCUUGUAAGGGCGUUCGUGCAGCGACAAUGACAUUUGCCGUUGUUACUGUCAUGAACUAUAUUGUUAUYAGUAUUGAACGAUACAUGGGUGUGUUCUACYCGUUUGYUCUUCCAAGUAAUGAUUUCUGCAGAAAACUCGUAGCAGGAGCAUGGGUCGCUGGCUUUCUCUUCCAACUUGUUAUACUCCCAACAUACAACCUGGUUUAUUUUGAUUUAGGAAAUGGGACAUAUACCCGAGUAUGUAAAUAUGACAACAGYAUUUCUACUUACAGGGGGCUAUUCUUAAGUUUUAAUAUUAUUGGAUACAUCAUUCCUUGUGCGGUUUUAGCCUACACUAGCAUUUCCAUGGCGAUGUUUUUACGUCGUCAAAGACGCRUCAUWCCUAUAGCAUCGAGCGAAUCCGCAGAAACUAAGAAUUUGAACAUCACCAAAAUAGCAGACCGAUACAAAGUAACAAAACUGUUUGUGUUAUUGAUAGUUACUUUUAUAACUCCCUACGUUGUUUUUAUUAUAUAUUCUUGUAUAUUAAUGAUCUUAAAUCCAAGGAUUACCUUCACUUUUGAUUACAUUACCCGGCAUGUCUAUUCAUUGCUGGUGUUUUCUAAUGCUGUAAUUGGUUCAACCAUCUUGUUCUAUAACAGUAGGUACUUACGUCGWAGGCUUGUUAGGUUAUUUCGAAGUUGUUGUGGAGUUUUUCAAGUGGACAUAAUGUAAUUUCUUUAUUGAAGAUGUUACGUUAACCCUUCGAAUCCUAUUCCUAGAAACCAACAAAGGGCGUUUCCCCUCAAUAGGCGAUUUAAACGAUGGCGUCACAUACUACCAAGACCAGAAUGCUUUGCCCAAUUGCCCUAUUUCAU